CCCGGGCCUCUCCCCGUGGGUCGUGAUAAAGGGUCAGCACAGGGCCGAGCUUGCGCUGCCCGCCGCGACUCGAGACGUGCGGGGCACUCUAGGAGUUGUAGUCCCUCCGUUCGCCGCGGCCCCGCCCCGAACCCGGAAGUGCGCGAGGCCACAGGCGGAGGCGGCUCUAAGAUGGCGUCGCCUCCUCAGGGGGGCCCGAUGGCCAUCGCCAUGCGGCUGCGGAACCAGCUCCAGGCCGUCUACAAGAUGGACCCGCUGCGGAACGAGGCGAGCGGCCGACAGGGUCUGUGGUGGAGGCUCGGUGCAGUGGGAGGACAGCCAGGGCCUGCCCUCAGUGACAGUGGGCCCAGGUGUGUCCCUGAGCCACCUGUCCUUGCAGGUGAGGAGAAGCGGAUCCGGGAGUUCUACCAGUCCCGUGGCCUGGACCGGGUGACGCAGCCCAGCGGUGACGACACGGUGGGGGGCGACCCCAUGGGGCUCCCCUACAGCACCUUUGACCACUCGCGCGCCCACUACUUCCGCUACGACGAGCACGUCUCGCUCUGCCUGGAGAAGCUGAGCUCCAGCAAGGACAAGAGCAAGGCUGUGCUGCAGCAGAAAUACGUGCGGUGCUCGGUGCGGGCGCAGAUCCGACACCUGCGGAGGGUCCUGUGCCACCGGCUGGGGCUGUCCCUGCAGCACGUGCAGAUCCUGUUUGACAACGAGCCCCUCCCUGACCACAUGACAAUGAAGCAGCUCUGGCUCUCACGCUGGUUCGGCAAGCCUGCACCCCUCCUGCUGCACUACAGCAUCAAGGACAAGAGGAGGUAGGGGUGGGGGGUGGGUGCUGCUCCCCCAUUGCAGCCCUGCUCCCACCCCCUCCCCCACCCCC